AUGUCUUGUACGGUACAAUUCGGUACGCCCACGCCCAAAACAUGGCCUAGCGUAUCGGAACUGCCUGACUACAACGAUAAAUUCCCUAAGCUGAAACCCAAACCAAUCACCAAUGUGGUCAAGAACCUAGACCCUCUAGGUGUCGAUCUGCUAGAGAAAAUACUGGUGCUCGACCCCGCUAAGCGAAUGUCAGCCAAGCAGGCGCUGCUGCACCCUUACUUCGAAGACUUGCAGAACCAUGUCAGAAAUAUGUAG